AUGGGAACUUGCUGGCCUUUCACACCUAUUGUAGUUUUUGUAGUAUUUCUUGCUUUGUCAAUCUCAUUCAAAACAGCAAAUUCAGACCCUCAAACCAAAUUUAUAAUUCAGGGAUGCAGCCAGUACAAUGUUACUGAUAUCAAUGAUUUCUUCAUCAAUCUCAAUUCCAGUUUCGCUGAUCUCAGAAACCAGAUAUCACAAGAGAAGAAGCAUUUUGCUACCACAAACCACCCUGUUUAUGCCCUGUUUCAGUGCAGGAAUUACCUUUCCAAUGCAGAUUGUCUUUCCUGUUACGAUACCGCUGUUCCCAAGAUCAGGAAAUGUGCUAAUGCUAAUGGAGCUCGUGUUUUAUAUGAUGGCUGCUUCUUAAGGUACGAGAGUACGGUUUUCUAUGACCAGACCACUCAACAAGGAAAUGCUCAGACAUGCAGCAGCAAAAAUGCAUCACAGCCAGCUAUUUUUCAAAAUCAGACACAAGCUUUGUUACAAGAUCUACUACUCGCAACGCCGAGAAUUAAUGGAUUCUAUGCUGCAUCGAAGAGGCAAUUGGGCAAUAGUAACAAUUCAGUUUAUGCAAUGGCCCAAUGUGCUGAAACAGUCACCCCAACUGGCUGUCAAGUCUGCCUGAGGGUGGCUUAUGGCAAUAUGCAAGGCUGUAUAGCGAAAAUCGAAGGAAGAGCUUAUGAUGCUGGGUGUUUUAUGAGGUACUCAGCUACUCCUUUUUUCGCCGAUAACCAGACAACCAACAUCAAACCUUAUCUAAGAGCACAAGGAGGGAGCUCAAUCAAGACAAAAGCAAUCAUUGUCGGAGUUGUUGGUGGUGUUGGCAUUUUCCUACUUAUUAUUCUUGCUUCAUUGUUAUGGUAUCAACUAUACAGAAAACCGAAGAAAAUUCAGAAAGGUAAUAUCUUGGGAUCAACGGAACUGCAAGGUCCAGUAGUCUACAGCUACAAGGCUCUGAAAUCAGCAACAAAAGAUUUCAGCGAAGAAAAUAAACUUGGAGAAGGUGGUUUUGGUGAGGUGUUCAAGGGCACAUUGGCAAAUGGUAACGUUGUUGCUGUCAAGAAGCUUAGCCUAAGUUCAGACAGGGUAAAAGCAGAGUUCGAGAGUGAAGUCAGACUGAUUAGUAAUGUUCACCAUCGGAAUCUUGUUCGCCUUCUAGGUUGUGCUGACAAAGGGGCUGAGCUGCUCCUUGUUUACGAGUACAUGGCAAACGGAAGCUUGGAUAGAUAUCUAUACGGAAAGAACAAAGGAUAUCUCAAUUGGAAGCAGCGGUUUAACAUAAUAUUUGAUGAUGAUUUUCAGCCUAAGAUUGCUGAUUUUGGAUUGGCAAAGCUUAUGCCUGAAGAUCGGAGUCAUUUGAGCACCAGAUUUGCUGGUACCUUGGGUUACACAGCACCAGAAUAUGCAACUCAAGGGCAUUUGACAGAGAAAGUUGAUACUUACAGCUUCGGUAUUGUAACACUAGAAAUAAUCAGCGGCCUAAGAUGCAACAUGAAAGUGGAGCCUGAGAGUGAGUUUCUUCUUGGGCAGGCAUGCAAGCUGUAUGAAAUCGGCGAGCAACUUCAAUUGGUGGACGAGACAAUGGACCCUAAUGACUACGAUGCUGCAGAAGUGAAGAAAGUGAUAGAGAUCGCGAUGUUAUGUGUUCAGUCACAACCUUCUGAGAGACCUACCAUGUCUGAGGUAGUUGUGAUGCUGUCAAGUGAUCAGUCAAUCGAGCAUCGUCGCCUUUCUUCUGAUAGUAUUGAUCAGAAGGUUUACACAUCAUACUCCAAUGCCACAGCCUCUUUCACUGUCUUCACUGGUCGAUAA